GUGUUGGUACCACUGUUGAAAGAAGUUUGCAUUUGUAAAAUUGUCAAAAAAAAGUGAGAAGUGCAAAAUUGCAAAAACAAAAAGUGAAAAAAAAAAAGAAGCAGAGCGCACAAUAAUUGAAUUUAUUUUUUAUUCAAACUGUUUUUUUUUCUUUGUAAUUGAUUCAACUUGAAAGUUAUCAAUAUGUCGAGGGAUCAAGCAGCUGAACAGCUUAAUAAAUACAAGAAAUCCGUUCAGGGAGAACCAACUACUCUUGUCGCAGGAAAUGGAGCUCCGGUUGGAAAAAAAACUGCCAGCAUCACGGUUGGUCCACGAGGGCCUUUACUUUUACAAGAUUUUGUUUAUCUCGAUGAAAUGUCUCAUUUUGGCCGAGAAAGAAUCCCUGAACGUGUUGUCCAUGCUAAGGGAGCAGGUGCUUUCGGUUACUUUGAGGUGACUAACGAUAUCACAAAAUAUUCCAAGGCAAAAGUAUUUUCUCAAAUUGGAAAAAAAACACGUAUUGCUGUGAGAUUUUCAACUGUUGGAGGUGAAAGUGGUUCAGCUGAUACUGCCAGAGAUCCACGAGGAUUUGCAGUGAAAUUUUAUACAGAUGAAGGCAUAUGGGAUCUGGUUGGAAAUAACACUCCAAUUUUCUUCAUUAAAGAUCCUCUAUUUUUCCCGAGUUUCAUUCAUACUCAAAAAAGAAAUCCAGCAACUCAUUUGAAGGACAUGGAUAUGUUUUGGGAUUUUAUUUCCCUCCGUCCAGAGACGACCCAUCAAGUAAUGUUCCUUUUUGCUGAUCGUGGAAUUCCCGAUGGAUAUCGACACAUGAAUGGCUAUGGUUCUCACACAUUUAAAUUAUUUAACGCUAAAAAUGAAAUGGUCUACUGUAAAUUCCAUUAUAAGACUAAUCAAGGUAUUAAGAAUCUUCUCGCUGAAAAAGCUGGUGAAUUGAGUGCAUCUGAUCCUGAUUAUUCUAUUCGCGAUCUUUAUAAUGCAAUUGCCGAAGGCAAAAAUCCAUCUUGGACAUUUUACAUUCAAGUAAUGACGCAAAAUCAAGCUGACAUCUUUAAAUGGAAUCCCUUCGAUUUAACGAAGGUUUGGCCGCACAAAGAAUUUCCAUUGAUUCCAGUGGGUAAAAUGGUUUUAAAUGAGAAUCCAACGAAUUAUUUCCAAGAUGUGGAACAAAUGGCAUUUGAUCCAGCCCACUUUGUGCCCGGCAUUGGCCCCAGUCCUGAUAAAAUGCUUCAAGGUCGUCUCUUCGCUUAUGGUGACACUCACAGACAUCGCCUGGGACCAAAUCAUCUUCAAUUGGCUGUUAACUGUCCAUAUAAAGCAAUAUCGGCAAUGAACUAUCAACGUGAUGGUUUCAUGCCAAUUCACAAUCAAGGAUGUGCGCCAAAUUACUUUCCAAAUAGCUUUAGCGGUCCACAAGAAUGUCCAGUGGUAAAAGAUCCUCCUUUCAAUGUUUCCGGAGUUGUGGAUCGUCAUGAGCCGGAAAAUGAAGACGAUUUUGGACAAGCAACCACAUUCUGGAGAGAUAUUCUUGAUGCCGAUGCCAAGACACGAAUGGUGAAUAAUAUGGUUGGAAGUUUGAAGGGCGCAUCAAACUUUAUUGUUGAACGUGCUGUGAGAAAUUUCACUCAAGUUGACACUGAUCUUGGUAAACGAUUGACGGAGGGAUUGAAAAAAGUUGGAAAACAAAUUAAUAUGUCUGGAAAAUCGGCUAAUCUUUAAAAAAAAGAGCAAUAUUUACAAGGUUUUUUUUUUUUUUUUUUUUUGAAAUCAUUAAUAUUUUGUCGAUUAAAAGAUAAAUGUUUUUGUUUAAUCUUUUUAUUUACUCUGUUACAUUUACAAUUUUAUUGCAUUUAUUAAAUUGCAAUGCAUGUUUAGUUUUAUAAUCGAUUAUAAAAUAUUCGAUAAUAAUUGAUAUAAAUAUAUAUAUUAUUUACUUUCUGUAAA